GUCCUGGGAAUCGUCUUCUUCCUAUUCCUCAUCAUGUGGUGUCCCUUCUUCAUCACCAACGUCACCUUCGUGCUGUGCCGGGGGUCCUGCAACGAGUCGCUGCUCAACGACCUCCUCAACGUCUUCGUGUGGGUGGGCUACAUCUCCUCGGGGGUGAACCCUCUGGUCUACACCCUCUUCAAUAAGACCUACAGGAGGGCCUUCUCCAGCUACAUCAGGUGUCGCUACAAAGCGGGGGCCAACGCAGCGGGACAGAGCUGUAAAACCUUCCUGGUCGCCCCUCAGUGCCCCUCGCACUCUGUGACCCCCCUCCUGAUGGGGAGGGACGGUAAAACAAGCAUAGACCGCAAUAGUAACUGUCGAAACGGGCGGGGGGACAACGGGAGGCUGACGGUGGACCCGGAGGACUUUACAGACGACGAGACACAAAUCGGAAUAGUGUCACAGAGCCUCUCCGAAUGCCAGAACAUCGGGAUGCUCUCGGAAACUGAGGUGGAGCCGGAAACCGAAACAGAGGUGGAGCAGGAGCUGUCAGUCAUCAGCUAUAGUCCCGCCUCCAGAGAAGACACCAGCAGCGUGUGAAUGCGUGUUUUCUUUUGUCGUUUUUAAAGUAUUCUUUUGUAAACCUGCCGAGCAACGUUUCAGACGAAGCGGACAUCGUUGUGAUUGGCUGUAAACCUGAGGAUUUUUAUUGUGAAAGGACUAGAUUAAUAGAGCCUUAUCCUCAAACUGAAGUGCAAUACAUUCAACAAAGUCAGAUUACGAGAGAAACUUUAAGAUGAAAGCCAACAUUUUCGACGUGUUUCUUUUUCUAUCAAGUGAAAAAAUGUUGGUUUUCAUAGCAUAAAGGGAAGGAUUGAAGCAGUCACUUCUGGUGGAGACUAAGGUAGCCAUUGGAGAGAAGUUUGACAAGAAAGCAGUCAGUGAAGAGCUUUUUCUCACAGUUAACCUGGCAUGAAGUCAAGAGGCCCUCGAUGGAGUCCCACUGACAGAGGUUACAGAGUCAAACCACGACCAAAAGCCUUCACACAGUCCUGAUGCAGUCCAAGCAAACUAAACCAAAAUCUAUUUUUGUGCCGGUCAAGCUUUGACUACAACAGUCAUAAAAUAAAAUAUAUCUGAAUGAACCUUUCAAGCAUGUAUAAUCAAACUGUUCAGCCGACAGAAACGGUGAUUUCUCUCCGAAGAAGGAACCAAUCUCCAGGCUGCCGGUCGGAGUCAGUGACAGAGGACGGAGAAGAAGGAAUGUAGUGGAGUCACAGCGCCAUCUGGUGGUCAAACCUUGGAUUGAACAAGGGGUCUUAAAGAGCUAUAAAAAAAAACAUGGCGCAGGCCUUCGGUCCAACACAGCUGUUGGGCUCUUUGCUUCUGUUUACCACGGAGAAUAAAUUAGAGUCCCAAUAUCUAAAGGUUUCUACUGACAACAAUCAAUACAAUAAAAGGGAGCAAUCUAAAAUGGAAAAUGUGAUCGUUUGUAAUGUAAGGGUGCACAAACGCUCCUCAGAUGUCAUUCUUAAAAGGAAUAAAAUAUAUAUAGAUUUAGAUUUUCAGCCACUGUCAUUGCUUUCAUUCAUUAGCAACCAUAAGUCACUUUCCAAGAUCUUCCUUACUUUCAUUUCCCCCAAAACCAUGACAUUUAAUGAUGCAAAUUCAGCAUAUUGAGAUUAUCCUGCAAUUCUAUCCAACAAUUGGCCACUUAUAAAUGUCCUACUAAUCAGAUCACCUAGCCAAAGAACAAGAACAAGCAGUUACGGGCUAUUUACUUUUUUAGAAAAUUAGGGUUUUCUAUUGAAGGUAAAGCAGUAGACUUGCACUUUUCUCACCAAUAAAAACAGGCAGGCAGAAUUUUCUCGAACAGUCGAAGUCAAAGAGGACAAACAGAAGCUUUGGGCAAUGAGCUCUGGUGUACGAUGAUGGGUUUUAAGGAUAAAAAGCUUGCCAAUAUCUCCAAGAAUUGCAGCUUUGACCAGGGGCGGACUGGGACUAAAAAUCAGCCCGGGACUUUAGACCGACCCACUUCGGGU